UUCAGAUAUGUUGACGGACAAUUUGUGAGAGACGGCAGCCGAUGGCGGCUUCACCAACCGUCUAUUACUUGAACAUCGAUAGUAAGAUGCACAAUGCCAAUGGGAAGUUGGUGGGACGCGGGGAGGCUCUCAACGGGAGCAACAUCAUCUUCCUGCGAGGCGCAAAGACCUCCGACAGCGGACACAUUCUGCUCAGAGCAGAUGGUGGGUCUUCCAAAACUGCUGGCACGGCCACGAACCGUCUGGCAGUGUUGGAAGAUGCGGGGGAGGCAGGAGGAGGCGGCAAGCUGGGGCAAAUUUUCAUACAGCAAGGUGGUGAUCUUGCCGAAGGUGUUUUUCUGCAAUCGGUGAAGAGAUUCGGCGGAGCCGGUGGCGCUCCCAUCCUCCUGCUCAGCGGCAACGAUAACGGUAACAUCUUCAUACAAACCACCACCGCUGCAGCAACGGAAGAGGCGGCGAAACCUGCUGUUGAAACCGGAGGAUAUCGCGAAGACAACAUCCUGGUGCAGGCGCUGGAAGGGCUGCAGGACAGCAAGGAUCCUGUUCCAGCCGUCACCGCGAGGACGGUCAGCACUCCCUUGGGAUCGGCGCAACAGUUGUUAUGAAAGGUGGCACAAUGUACACCAUGAAGUUGUCGAAGAAGCUUAGCUUGGAAGAGUUAAGCAUGGAAAAGGAGUCUUAAGUUACCAUAGUUCUAAGUAUAUAGUGUAAGCGAUAUGUGAGAUGUAGUAAAAAAAACAUCUUGAAACCGCCAAAAACGAUUUCUUCCUUCACCCGUGCACUUUGGUCCUUCGUAUAAAACAUUUCUAUUAUUUGA